AUGGAAACCGGAGUGUUCAAGGAGUCACCGCCGCCUCCUCAAGGGCUCACCGCCGCCUCCUCAAGGGCUCACCACCGCCUCCUCCAGGGGUCACGCCUCCUCCUCCAGGGGUCACUGUUAUCUAGAGGGGUUACUGCCUCUUCCACAUCUCACCACUUGACGGGUCACCGCCUACCCCAGAGGUCAACUUCUCCUCUAAGGGUCACUGCCUCCUCCAGGGGUCAACUCCUCCUCCAUGGGUCACCACCACCUCGUCCAGGAGUCACUGAUAUCCAGACUGGUUACUGCCUCCUACACAUCUCACCACUUCACAGGUCACAGCCCCCUACAGGGGUCAACUCCUCCAGGGGUCACUGCCUCCUCCAGGGGUCACUGCCUCCUCCAGGGGUCACCACCUCCUCCUGGGGUCACCACCUCCUCCUGGGGUCAACUCCUUCUCCAGUGUCACCGCCUCCUACAGGGGUAAACUCCUCCUCCAGUGUCACCACCCCCUCCAGGGGUCAACUCCUCCUGCAGGGGUCACCACUUCCUCCACGGGUCACUGCCUAA